GGAGGAGGGAGUGGACACAGGAAAGAGGGGAAAAGAGAAAACAGAAAAAAAAAUUGCAUGCCACGGUGUCUGAAUAUAUCCUCUGCUCGUAGAUACUUCCAUCUGAGUUGCACUUUUGCCUUUUUAUUUCUGUUUUUGGACACCUCUUUUAUCAUCCAGCCAACUGGAAUAGACAAAGCACAGUUGGUGCCCUGAGCGACAGAACUCUGGUAGGGGGCUGGCUGUAAAUUGACGUGGCAUGGAAAUUCUCCGCUAAGUUGUAGCAGCUUGCAUGUUUCUCCUAAGAUCAAGCCCAGCCUCCCGGAGCUGUAGCUUAAUCAUGAUGGGCUCAACGACUGUUCAGAAAAAUGGAUAGAAAAAGUCUUCAGCUCCUUUCUUUGGACUCAGAUGUUUUCUUUUUGAGUAUCUAUGGUUUAGCUGAAAAAAUCAAAGCAGUUAAGUCUAUAACUUUGUUUUUGCAGCUUGAACAACAGAAUUUGCUGCUCUCCCUCCCCUGUCCUGCAAUUUAAUUCCUUACAGAUUUUGCCAUGGGGUGCGGACUUAGAAAGCUAGAAGACCCUGAUGAUAGCAGCCCUGGAAAAAUAUUUUCUACGCUGAAGAGACCACAAGUGGAAACAAAGACAGAAUUUGCUUACGAAUAUGUAUUGCUGGAUUUUACUUUACAAGCUUCACCAAAUUCAGAAGUCAUCAAGAUAAAUUCAAUUCCAGACAUAGUAACAAAAGUGGAAGAUUACUAUCUUAAAGGAUAUAUAGUUGGGGCUAUUCAUCCUGUCAUACAACCUGUGCGGCAGAGAAGGCACCUACCUGCAAGUUACCUGUACAGGGCGGUGCUGUCCCGCUUGAAAUUAAGCCCGAAGCCUUCAGCAGCACCCAGUGGACAAAGACGCCCACGACUUGUGAUUGAGGAAUGUCCUCUAACUUACGAGACACAAACAAAUGACGUAGCAAAAGAACUGAUAGAAAAGAUUAAUGUAGCUGCUAAGAAAGGAAUGAGAUUUGUUGGGUUCAUAUCCCAGCAUUACCCACCAUUCUGCAAUGGAACCAACCCUGGCGGAGACGUAGAAUCAACACCACACGUGAGAUGCACCUCAGAUGAAAACUGGAAGAGCUGGACUGAGGGAACACUCAGUGGGCAAUCAUCGGAAAGCGGAAUUGAGGAAGAAUUUCAUCAUGAAAGUGGACAGUGUCAAGUGGAACGAGACGGCAGCCCCAGUCCCUCUAAAUCAAAAAAGGGAGAAGAUAACAAGCUGUAUAUAGCCUUCAAUGUUUUUGAUGAUGAAUCAACCUGCUGGACCUAUCAGGAGGGCAUCCUGUCAGUGAAAGUAACAAGAAAAGGAUCUGUCAUUAGUACGCUUGACGCCGAUUGGUUGGAGUUAACUACAUUUUAUUACAAGCAAGGCUUGUCUUUAAUUGAUUCUUUUCUAUGCUGGGAAACAUCUAAAGGGGACCAUUUGCCUAAGUCUUUGGAAGGAUUCUUUAUCUAUGAAGAAGAAGGUUCUGGAGUUCCAGGUUCCGGUAGAAAAGGAAAUGAUGCCAUCGUAGUGGAACAAUGGACUGUUAUUGAGGGCUGUGAAAUCAGGACGGAUUACGGGCCCCUGCUGCACACGCUGGCGGAGUUCGGGUGGCUGCUGACCAACGUGCUGCCUACCCCUGUCCUGAGACACGACAGUGAAGGGAAUUUGGCUACAAAGCAAGUUGUGUUUCUUCAGAGACCAGUUAUAUGGAAUUCAGCAGCUCAGACACCAGAAAGGAAAGCCAGCCGGCAUAUAAAAGGUGAAGAUAGGAACAAGGUCACCAGUAGGAGCAUCGGACUAGACACGGCCACGUCCCAAGCUGCCGAGGACAGAAGCCCACCGGCGGAGGGCCUGCUCUCUGCUCCGGGAGAGUGCUGGCUGAAGGAGAGGCCGGCCCAGUGCAGCAGCUUCUCGGGGUUCAGCAGCAGUGACAGCGUCCUGCGGGAAUUCGAGGACGGACCCUUUGACCAGGAAGAUGGGGUGACUCAGGUCACUUGUAUGUGAGCCGUGCAGCAAAGCAACAGAAGGCCCUGUACAUGCUUAUUAAAUAACUGCCAGCUGACGUGAUUGUAUUACUGUAUCUGCAUUUAUGGAAUAGUUUGAAUUCUUCCAGGCUCAGGCUUCCUUCUAAUCGCGGAACACUUUGGCUCAACCUCCCAGACCAGGAAGAAUAACCAACACAUUUGUAAAUUUAGAAUCAUGUUUACACUGCUCCCAAAUAAAAAAAAAAACAUCUGUUUAAACAGAUGUCCCAUUAGGUUAUUAACUGAUAAUCUACUUCAUUUUCUCAUGAAUGUACAAGGUAUAAUUUCCUACAAUUCCUGGUAAGAAGACUAAGUACCUCAACCAGUAUUUCACCUAAUUAGAGAGAUCUCAGGAAGUUAGAGUCUUACACAAACUGAAAAAUAAUGCCUCCCCCUCACACACACGCACGCACACACACACACACACGGCUAACAAUGAAAUCCCUAUUUCCUGAAUAUAACAAUAAAUCCAAAUUUUGUCUUUAACCAUGGAAUAUAUAAA